ACUUCUAUUCGAGUCUCUCUCACACAUCUGCUGACAUGAAGAUCCUGAUAGUGUUACUCUUAGCGGCGUUAGUCGCGGCCAAAACGAAAAGAGAAGCCGAAGCCGAGCCCUCCGGAGUCUACAGCCACGGACCAGGCUACAGUUAUGGGUACGGCUUUGAUACUGGUCUCGGCCACGGCCACGGCCACGGUCUUGGCCAUGGCAUCGGACACGGAAUUGGCAUUGGGCACGAUCACGGAUUUGGACAUGGCGUCAUCGUAGGCCAUGCUGGCGGACAUGCCCAUGGGCUUGGCCAUGGACAUGGUUAUGGACAUGGUUAUGGACAUGGUGAAGUUUCAGCCUACCAUCACAGCUUAGGACAUGGCCAUGGCAUCGGAGGUGGACAUGGAUUUGGAAUUGGACAUGGUAUUGGUCAUGGAAUAGGCCAUGGUAUUGGUCAUGGAAUAGGCCAUGGUAUUGGUCAUGGACAUGGUCAUGGUCAUGGGCAUGGGCAUGUAGUGGAACACGUUCACGUAGAGCACGGUCACGGUCACAGACUUGGACAUGGGCAUGGCAUUGGACACCUUGGAUUUGGACAUGGCCAUGGAAUUGGCUUUGGACAUGGUCUCGGACACGGACACGGACAUCAUGUUGUUGAGCACGUCCACCAUGGCCCAGUUUAUGGAGGCAAUUCAUACCUUCCCUACAGAGGAGGUUUUGGCCACUCCCUCCACAAGAGGAAAGCAGACCCUGAAGCAAAGGCAGAGGCUAACCCCGAACCCCUUCCUGAAGCCAAGGCAGAGGCAAGCCCCCAACCUGAAGCUGACCCUGUAGCCAAGGCAGACCCUGAACCUGCAGCUAGCCCAAACGCACUACCUAAAGCACUGGCAAAGGCAAAGGCCAAGGCAUCAGCAAAGUCAGGAGUCUUAGGACAUGGUCAUGGUGCAGUUGUCGGAGUUAGUCCCGUUCUUGGUGGACUUGGAGUUGGUCAUGGAGGAUAUGGUCAUGGUGUUGCCCAUGAUGUUGUAGGACAUGGAGUUUCUCACGGUGUUGUAGGACAUGGAGUUUCUCAUGGUGUCGUAGGACAUGGCGUUUCACAUGGUGUCGUAGGACAUGGCGUUUCACAUGGUGUUGUAGGUCAUGGUGUCUCUCAUGGUGUAGUAGGACAUGGAGUAUCCCAUGGUGUUGUAGGUCAUGGUGUCGGUCAUGGUGUAGUAGGACAUGGUGUUUCACAUGGAGUUGUAGGUCAUGGAGUCACCCACGGUGUUGUAGGUCACGGUGUCUCACAUGGCGUCGUAGGUCACGGUGUUACUCAUGGUGUUGUAAGUCAUGGUGUUUCCCAUGGCAUAGGGCAUGCUGGACAUGGUGCCGGAUACGGAGAUCAUGGUAUUGGACAUGGAGUUGUUGGACAUACAGUAGCCCAUGGUGUUGACCAUGGAUAUGGCAUUGGACAUGGCAUUGGACACGGCGUAAGCCACGGAUUUUCACACAUUGGUCAUGAUAUUGGUCACGGCGUUGGACACGGACAUGGCAUAGGCCACGGUUUUGGACAUGGAGGUGCUUAUGGGCAUGACCUGGGUCACGCUGGCGUUGGCCACGGCAUCGCUCACGUUGGGCAUGGUGCUGUUGGCGUUAUUCACGAUGGGCAUCUGGGUCACCUUGAUCACCACCAUCACCAUGGGCACGAUACCACCCACGUCGUGGAUCACAGCACUCACGUUUUUGACGAUGCCCACACCCACAGUCAUGGCCACCAUGGGCACGGCCACGGCCACGUCGCCCAUCACGCAGUAGGCCACGGAGUUGGCCAUGGGCAUCAUGAACACGGAGUUGUUCACGCAUCAGGGCCCGUGUUUGGUCAUGGUUAUGGCUACGCUGUAGGCCAUGGAGUUGGUCACGGAGUAGGUCAUGGAGUAGGCCAUGGUGUUGGCCACGGAGUAGGCCAUGGUGUUGGCCACGGAGUAGGCCAUGCUAUUGGUCAUGGUGUCGCUCAUGGCAUAAGCCAUGUCGGCGUAAGUCACGGAGUGGGCCACGAUGUCGGCCACGGAGUAGUUCACGGCCACGAUAUUGGCCACGGGCUCGGCCACGGAGUAAGUAUAGGACAUGGUUCCUCCUAUUACAAUCCUUACUCCUACACCCCAGUUUACACUUCAUCUCACCAUUAACUAAAUGUAAAGAAAGAGACCUAUAGAGGGACGAUGAGUGGAUCUACCUCUCUUAUAACGAACUUACAUAAACGACUUAAAACGAAUCUAAUUGUACAUAGCUUAAGCUUCAAUAAAAGUUUAUUUAUGCAAGCAAA